GCUCUUUCCUUUCCCAUGUGACCUCUCCUUCCUCUUUCGUACUCCAAUCCAAACUGCUCGCUCUGCAGUCGAGAAAACCCUAGAGAGCGGAACCACUAUCGCUGACAGAGCGACUGAGGAGAGAUAAAGCAUGAUCCCACUCCACUACCAUCCUCUCUGCUCUUCUUCUGGUUAAACGCCCGGCAGAGGAAAACCGAACCAGUAACUCUCUUACAAGCCGCAAGACCCUUUUACUUUAUGGUUUCUGCUUUCCGCGAUUUCCCUCUUUGUUUCUAUAAACAAGAAGAGGUGGAGGGGAGUAGGAGCUGAUAUGUUGGCCGUCGCUGUAAGAAUGGCGAUCGCGGCGGUGGAGGCUGCCAUGGCGGAGGAGGUGGAGGAGAAGGGGUUGGGCUUGAGGAGGAGGCUUGUGAGGAGGAUUUACUGGAAGCUGAGAGCGGAGAUUCGACGGAGAUCUGGUAAGCGGGAGCGAUUUAGCUCUCGAUAUGAUCCUUUCAGCUACGCUCUUAACUUCGAUGAUGGUGAUUCGUGUCUUGAGAGUUUUUGAUCCGUAUCAUGCAUCGAUCUCGUCCUAUCUUUUCCUAUCCUAUCUUUGAUUUCGGGUUCAGCCGUUGUGUAAAUGGGUAAUGUUUUAAGGAUUAGGGUUCUUGAUUUCUGUGCUUUGAGUUGUUUCUAUGCAUUGAUGAAGGUCAAAUAGUGGAUUAAAAUGGUGACUGCUCGCCCA